AUGACAUAUCUGUGUCUCACUGUGGUGGCUGUGCUCCUUCAGCCUGCUCUUUCUGUCUACAACUGCUCCUCUGCCUAUGAGAGGACCCCAGACAACACAGACUUGAUAGUGGACUGUGGCACCAGUAUGAUCAUCCUGGAGAUCAACCUGUGCACGGCCCAGUGGGCGGGCUUCGACCCGACUGGCCUGGCACUGAAUGGGGAACACAACAAGACAAAUUGCCAAGGCACCAUUGACAACAGUGUCGACCCACCCAUCAUUCGCUAUCAGCUUCCUGUAAACCACAGCCAGGAGAACCCCUGCCGCCAGUCCCUGCAGAUUGUGGAUGAGGUGCCAGACCCCACAGGUCCCUUCAGUUCUUUCUCCAGCAUCCAGUCAGUCAUCAUCACAGGGUACAUAGACACACCCAGCUCUAACCAGGGGGUGAUAAGCUACUCCACAGACCUCUACUACCACUUCUCCUGUCGUUAUCCACUGGAGUAUCUGAUCAACAACACACAGAUAGUGGCGUCUUCAGUCUCUGUAGCUACCAGUGACAAUAAUGGAACCUUCAUUGAUACACUAAGAAUGAGUGUAUAUAAUGACACAGACUAUGGCCACCCACUGGUGGUACCUCCAACGGGACUUGAGCUGCGAACCAAGGUCUAUGUGGAAGUAAAGGCCAUUAACCUUACAGGAAAUUUUCAUGUGUUGCUGGAUCAGUGCUUUGCAACUCCAUCUGCCUACAACAUGACUUACAGUGAGCAGCACAACUUUUUCACCGGUUGCUCAGUGGACCAAAGAGCUUCUGUGACAAGAAAUGGCUUUUCCAAGAAUGCCCGGUUCAACUUCGAGGCGUUCCGCUUUGUGGAGCACCGUAACCAGGACAAGUCCAGCCUCUUCCUGCACUGCAUACUUAGACUGUGUGAGCCUACCAAGUGUCAAGAGUUGUUAAGGUCUUGUAAUGCCAAGAGGAAGCGGUCUUUGGCUCCUUUUGGUGAGGAAUCCAGUGACUCAGCCACUAUUACAAUUGGACCGCUCUUCACAGCCAGAGACAGUCCCUCUGCAGCUGGCUAUGGUGGUGGAGCACCUUCAGGGAAGGAUGAUGUGAAUGUGACCGGCCUGGUGGUGGGUGUUGUGUUUGGAUCGGCAGCUGCUGUCUUGCUGGUUCUCGGUAGCUGGUUCAUCCUCAAGAGAAUCAACAUUACUGUAAUUGCCGGUUAUGAUGGAAAAAUCAAACCAGAAUGA